UUCCGCGUGCGGCAGUGAGAGAGAGAGAGAGGUGGAGAGAGCUGUCCCGGAUGAACAGAGUAUCCAGGCUGUAUUUUUUCUGUAUCCAGGCUGUAUUUUCUGAGUUUGAGUUCAUACUGGUGGGAUUAGGAUGAGCGUGCACGGCUCGCAGGUUCGGGUUCCGAUGGCGGCCCGCAGGUCCAGUUCCAGGCCGGACCUCAGCAUGACCGGGUUCGGCGGUACCGGACUGCCCGCGGAGUUCGGAGAGAACUACGUGCAGCACUCCUACACCUCGCGCAGCUCCGCGGGCGCGGGGGGCCUCAGCAGCAUGUCGUCGGUGUCGGGUCAGAAGAAAGCUCAGGUUCUGUAUAAUUGCUGUAUGCAGAAACUAGAAAUGGCUCAACACAUCCUCGAAACGAAUGGUCCUCUGGAGGAGUUUGAGAAGACGAUGUUUAUGGCAUCAGAAGACAUCAAGCAGCUCCGGAUCUGCGCCAUGGAGAUGAAGAACAUCGGCCAAUCCAACAGCUGGAUCCUCAAGAGUGUGGAUGAGUGUACUGCUCUACAGAACGGGAUCUGGAGUUCUGUUGGAGGAACGACUCAGAGGAAGCGCAGCAGCGUCAGCCGAGACGAUCCGGGCCGGAACUUCCACGAUGCCAUGGCCUGGAUCCACCAGAAGAAGCGUCUGAUCGAGACCUCUCCGUUUGGAGAUGAUGCCGAGUCGAUCGAUCAGCAGAUCAUGAACCACAAUAAAUUCCACAGUUCCGUCCAGAGGAGCGCCGAGUUCCAGAGAGCCCGAGACGAGCUGAUGCAGAAAGGAGAUAAGUCUUCUCUUCAUGCUCUGGAACAGGAGUGGGACAGUUUACAGAAAAUGUCUCAUGGGAGGAUAUCACAGUUGCGGGAUCUGCAGGGAAUCAUACAGGAGAUCUCCAGCGCCAUCAUGUGGGUGAACGACAGGGAGGAGGAGGAGCUUGUGUUCGACUGGGGAGAUAAAAACAUCGACGCCUACAUCCCCAAAAAACAGGAGAGCUACUCGUGUCUGAUGAGGGAUCUGGAGGAGAAGGAGAAAGAUCUCAACAAGCUGAAGACCAAAGUGGACCAACUGCUGAAGAACCAGCACCCGGCCUCCGAUAAGAUCGAGGCCUACAUGGACACACUACAGACUCAGUGGAGUUGGCUGCUCCAGAUCACUAAGUGCAUCCACGUGCACCUGAAAGAGAACUCCGCCUACAGCCAGUUCUUUAAAGAGGCGAACGAGACGUACACCAAACUGCAGAAAGAUCACGAGAACAUCUGCAAGAAGUUCACCUGUGAUAAAUCCACCCCUCUGGAGAACCUGACGGAACUGCUGAGGAACCUGGAGAGGGAGAAGGAGCGUCUGUUGGAGAAUAAGCGUCAGGUUCAGACUCUGGUUAAUAAAUCGAAGAGUAUCGUCCGUCUGAAACCGAGAUACCCAGAGGAGAAGAGCGGCGGCCAGGUCAUCGUCCAAGCCCUCUGCGACUUCAAACAGGACCAGAAGGGUAUACUUAAGGGGAACGAGGCAAUCCUGAAGGAUAACACUCAGCGCAGUAAGUGGCAGGUGACGGGACCCGGAGGACUGGACAUGCUGGUGCCCUCAGUCUGUUUAAUGAUCCCCCCACCCAACCCCCUCAGCAUCAACCUCGCCACCAAAAACGAGCAGUACUACGAGGCCAUCAUGGCGAUCUGGAACCAGCUGUACAUCAACAUCAAAAGCCUGAUCAGCUGGCAGUACUGCAUGAAGGACGUCCAGUACAUCAACUCCCUCACUCUCAGCAUGCUCUCACAGAUGAAGCCGGAGGAGUACCGGAACAUCAUUAAGAGUCUGGAGCUGCACUACCAGGACUUCCUGCGGCUCAGCCACGGCUCUGAGAUGUUCGGGGCGGAGGACAAGUCCAGGAUCGAGGCCGAGUACAACGGAGCUCAGAGCCACUACGAGGUCCUGCUGACCAAACUGCCCAACUACACUGUAGUUGACGCGCCGCCUGCAGCAGUGGUAGUGGAAAAGGUGGUUGUGACUGGUGUCACAGCAGAACCGACGAUGGUGGAACCCAAUGUGGCGCGUCAGAAAGGCACAGUUAGUUCCUCUUCCUCCUCCUCAGCUUCCUCACUCAGCCUGAACCUGCUGACCCAGAUCCACACACUGCGGCGCCGCCUAGAGGCCGCCGAGACCGGCCUGAGCCAGCACCUGCACGUCCCCCUGAAGGACAACAGCGUCCAGGAGUGUUCCCACCGACUGCAGCUCCUGCAGGGUGUUCACCAUGAUCUGGACUCUCUGCGGGAUGAGUACCUGCGGGUGAGGGAGCUGGUGGUGAGGCAGCUGGAGGGAACCGCUGACCCAGAGCAGGCCAAGUUUCUGCGCGCUGAACUCGACCUCAUCAACCAGAAGCUGGGCAGUCUGCAGGGCUUCUCCGCCGCCUACCUGCAGAGGCUGACGGCUCUGAGAGCUCUGCUCCAGUCUCUGAACCGGGCUGAGGACAUCAUUAAGGUUCAUGAGGCUCGACUGACCGAGAAAGAGACCAGCUCUCUGGAUCCGAGCCAACUGCAGGAUUACUGCAACACACUGAAGGGGAUGAAGGGGGAUCUAGAUCAGAAGGAGGACAUCCUGACCGCUCUGGAGUCUGAACUCUCUCAGGCCAUCCACUGGAACAACCAGAUAGACCAGAACUUCCACCAGUGCGACGUGGACCUGGCCAAGUACUCCGAGCUGGUGGGACAGAUGGGAGACCGCUGGCGCCGUAUUCAGACCCAAUUCAACAGCAGGCUGUGGGAUCUGGAGAAGCAGGAGAAGCAGCUGAAGCAUUAUCACCAGUCCAGCUCUCAGCUCAGUGAUUGGAUCGACGGUGCCCGCCAGCGCCUGGACGGCCUUCAGACCGCCAAGUUCUCCAGCGUCCAGAGCCUGAUGGACCAGCUGAACCAGCAGAAGGCGCUGCACUCUGAGAUCAAAGGGAAGAAGGAGAAGGUGGAGGACGUGAUGAAGGACUCCAGCCUGUGCGCCGCCUCCAUUAAGGAUUAUGAGCUUCAGCUGGCGUCCUACAGCGCCGGCCUGGAGACGCUGCUGAACAUCCCCAUAAAGAGGACAAUGCUGCAGUCCCCAGCAACCACUCUGAACCAGGAGUCGGCAGAUCUUCAGUCCCGUUAUAUCGAGCUGCUGACCCGAUCCAGCGAUUACUACAAGUUCCUCGGGGAGAUGCUGAAGAGCAUGGAGGAGCUGAAGAUGCGAAACACUAAAAUUGAGCUUUUGGAGGAGGAGCUUAGGCGCCUGAGGGAUGACCUCCAGGAUCGCUCCCAGAAGAACAAGUCAAUGGAGGAUGCCUUAGCCCGCUACCAACUGGAGCUUUCCCAGUCUAAAGAGCAGCUGAUCUCGAUGGAGGAGAUUAAGAGUACAGAGGCCAUGAGAUAUAAUGCCACUAAGGACAACCUGGAUGCCACCCAAACCCAGCUGAGGGACCUUAACGAGCAGGUGGCUCGCCUCACGCUGCUUAUCGAAGAGGAGAAGCGCAAGCGGAGGCUGGCAGAGGAGCGUUACACCAGCCAGCAGACCGAGUACGAAACCGCCAUUCGCAAACGACAGAAAGAGCUUGAUGAUCUUAACUGGUCCAAGAUCGACUUUGAGAAGGCCAUCAAAGAAAAGGAAAGGGAAAUCGAGCGGCUGAAGAUGCAGCUGGAGGACGAGGCCUCCCGGCGCCGGGCGGCAGAGUCCGAGACCUCUAAGGUAAGAAACCAGUUCAACCAGGAAAUCUCUAGCCUAAAACAAACGUAUGAGUCUGAGAUCCACGUCACCAAGACCACUGUGCUCAAGGCCACGCAGCAGAAGGAGGAGGACAAUACCACUCUGAAGAUGCAGCUGGAAAGGCUCUCUGAUGAGAAAAGGAACCUAGAAGAGGAGCUCAGGAGGCUCCGGAUCUCAAUCAGCCAGACGGAAGAAGCCAGGAAAAGGGCAGAGAAUGAGGCCCACCAGCAGAGGUCCACCGGAACAGAGGAGAACAGGAGAAGAAAGGAACUCGAGAUACAGGUUCAAACCAUCACUCGCCAGAGAACUGAACUGGAAUCAGGAUACAAGGAACAACUUGCACGGGCCAACACCGACGCCCAGGAAAAGACCAGGCAGAUUGCUCUUCUAAGACAGAACCUGGAGGAUGAAACCCGACGGAGGAAAGCUCUUGAAGUAGAGAACCAGAACCUUAAGCAGUCUGGGGAUGAACUUCUUGCCAAGCACACGUCGUCUUUGGAAGUCAUCAACAAGCUGAAGUUGUCCGAGCAGGAGGCGAACCUAUUUCGCAUUGAGCUGCAGAAGCAAACCAGCGAGAAAGGCAAAGUGGAGCAAAAUGCUUCCAGGCUACAGACUCGCAUCAGAGAUCUCCAAGCCAUGAUGGACAACCUUGAAGCUGAACUAGAGAAAGAGAAGAAGAACACCCAGGAUGAACUCACAAGAAGAAAGAGAAUAGAGGCAGAGCUGGAACGGGUGAAUAAUACCUGCAAAGAGUACACCACUACCAUCAAUACUCUGCGUAUCCACAAGGAGGAGGAGAGUGCAACGGGUCGAAGGUACGAGCAGGACCUCCGUCGCCUCCAGGAUGAGCUGGACAAGAGCCUGAGGGAGCACAAAGCCACCUCUGAAACUCUUGCCAAGUUGGCAGCUGAACUGAAAGUUCUACAGCAGCAACUGCUUCAGGAGCAAGCCAAGGUCCGGGAGGUCAACCUACGCAACGAGACCCUGUACAAGACCAUCGAGGAGAAAAGCAGAGUGCUGAACGAGACCACCACUGAGGUUGAGAAACUACAGAGCCUCACUCAAAAGCUCACCAAAGAACGUCUGAAGCUAGAGGAGGAGCUGAGGGCCGUACGCCAAGAACGGGACGACUUGAACAGCAACCGGAACAGCAUUCAGAGUGAACACACCACCCAGCUGUCAGCCAUACAGAUCCAGCUGCAGAGUGCCAAUAAGAGAGGCCUGGAGCACCAGGCUCUUAUUAAUGAGCUGACAAAAGAGAGGGAAAAUUUAAAGGCGGAAAUUGCCAAAAUCCUAAAGCAGUCUACGGAGACAUCUCUGAUGAUCCAUGAAUCUCAGACCCGCUAUAAUGAAAUCCUGCAAGAAAGGGAUGGCCUCCUGGGCAAGCUCAAACUGCUGGAGAUGGACAAAGGGAAGCAGCAGCGCUACGAGGAAGAGCUGAGUCGCAUCAAGGUCUCUCUGGAAUCUGAGCUCCGUCAGAAGCAGCGUCUCCAGGAGGAAAUGGACAAGCUUCGCAAGGACUUCAACUACUGGAAAAGCCAGUAUGAGAUAAAGGAAGGUCAGAUUAGACAGUGCGAGACAGAUAAAGACAAGGCAGAGAGAGAGAGGGCUUCCUUACGCAGUGAGAUCGCAAGACUGACUGCUGAGCUGAGGAGCAUGGAGGAGCGAUACCGAACCCGCCUGCAAAGCACCGAAUCCCAGGUGUCUGUACUUACCCAGAAGAGGGAGGCUUUGGAAAGAGAGCUGAUAAAGUUGCGACAGCGCCCGGAUGCCUUCUCUAAGCAGACCCAGACAGAUGAGAAGGUGACCACAAUUGACCCCACAAAGCUGGUUUUCGAUGGUAUUCGGCAAAAAGUCACUGCUCACCAGCUUUGCGACUGUGGCAUCAUUGACACAUCUACCCUCGAAAAGUUGCUGAAGGGUCAGAAGACUGUGCAAGAGGUUACUGUGGAUAUUCAGCUCAAUCUUAAGGGCACAGGAGUCAUCGCCGGUGUGGCUCAAGGCUCCCAGACUAGGCUUCCAAUCACUGAAGCCAGGAGUAAGAACCUGCUGAGUCCAGAGAGCGCCAUAAUGCUCCUGGAAGCCCAAGCAGCAACAGGCCACAUCAUCGAUCCAAAGUUUAAUGAGAAGAUGUCCGUCGAUGCUGCCUGCUCCAGAGGCGUUGUUGACACUGAUGAUAGGGAUGCUCUGAUCACAGCUGAGGCUGCUUGCACCGGAUUCAAGGAUCCGUACACAGGCAAACUCCUAUCGGUUGGACAGGCCUGCAAGAAAGGUCGACUUGACAAGGAGACGGCACUUCGGCUCCUCCAGGCUCAAGAAGCAGUAGGAGGUAUCAUUGACCCAGUUCUAAGCAUAUUCCUGCCUAAAGAUGUUGCCUUAGAUCGCAACUUGAUUGAUGAAGAUCUGUACCGUGCACUCAACAAGAAGCCAACCUGCUACAUUGACCCAGCAAAUGAAGAGAAGAUAAGCUACAGUGAACUGAGAAAGACCUGCACCACAGAACCUGCAACAGGCCUCCUGCUUCUUCGUGCAAAAGACAAGUCAACUACAGUCCAGGGCAUCCGUGGCCAGGUCACCCUCUCUCAGCUUGUCAAUUCCAACUUGAUUAACCAGUCUGAUGUGGAGAAAGUAAACCAAGGCCUGCUCACUACCAAAGAUAUCGAGAACAGGCUGAAGACCUACCUGGGUGGCUCCAGCUGCAUUGCCGGCAUUUAUGAUGAGUCCCUUGAUAGAGUCUUGCCAUUCUACCAGGCCUUAAAAGAAGGACUUCUCCGUCCAGGGACCACACUGGAGCUCCUGGAAGCUCAGGCUGCCUCUGGUUUCAUGAUUGAUCCAGUUAACAAUGUAUGCAUGACGGUGGAAGAGGCUUGGAAGAGAGGUCUAGUGGGAAAAGAAUACAAAGACAAACUUCUGUCUGCAGAGAGGGGUGUCACUGGAUACAAAGAUCCCAAUACAGGGAAGCUCAUUUCACUGUUUCAGGCAAUCGAGAAAGGCCUUAUCGAAAAGGGUCACGGCAUUCGGCUCCUGGAGGCCCAGAUUGCCAGUGGUGGCAUUAUAGAUCCUAUAGAGAGCCACCGCAUCGAUGUGGAAGUCGCGUACAAGAGAGGCUACUUCGACCGGGAGAUGAACGACAUCCUGACGUACGAAGGAGAUGACACAAAGGGCUUCUUUGACCCGAACACUCAGGAGAACCUGACAUAUCUGCAACUGAAGAAGAGAUGCGUUACAGAUCCUAAGACUGGUCUUAUGCUUUUGCCUCUGCAUGACAAGAAGAAGCCAAAACAGCAGGCGAGCCAGAAAAACACCCUCCGCAAGAGACGAGUGGUGAUCGUAGACCCCGACACUGGCAAAGAGAUGUCUGUACGAGAGGCUUACCACAGAGAGCUGAUUGACUAUGACACUUUCCUGGAUCUUUCUGAGCAAGAGUGCGAGUGGGAGGAGAUCACCAUUACAGAUACGGAUGGCAACACCCGGCUAGUCAUUGUUGACCGUAAAACAGGCAACCAGUAUGACAUUCAAGAUUCCCUGAACAAGGGUGUUAUUUCUAAAGCUUCCUUAGAUCAAUACCGUUCAGGAUCGCUGACCCUCAACCAGUUUGCUAAUCUUAUUACUAGCAAAUCCAGCAAUCCUGAGCUUUCUAUCUGCACCAGCGUUGCAGAAGAUGUGUGCAGUAGCUCCACAGAGGUUGCACCGUCUUCCCCCACCGUCCGCAAACGUCUUGCUAGCGUCUCCAUCACUCUCUCACCUCCUGCUGAAAUACUGGAUGACCAGAGCCCAGUAGCAGCCAUCUUUGACACAGAAACUCUGGAGAAGAUCACAAUCUCUGAAGCACAGAGACGUGGACUAGUGGACUCCAUCACCAGCCAACGUCUCCUGGAGGCCCAGGCCUGCACUGGAGGCAUCAUCAACCCUGCCACAGGCCAGAGGCUGUCUCUGCAGGAUGCUGUACAUCAGAGCGUCAUCGAUGAGGACAUGGCGACCAAACUAAAACCUGCUCAGAAAGCGUACGUUGGCUUUGAAGACGUGAAGACCAAAAGGAAGAUGGCUGCUGCAGAGGCUAUAAAAGAGAAGUGGCUGCCGUAUGAGGCCGGGCAGAGGUUCCUGGAGUUCCAGUAUCUGACAGGAGGACUUAUGGAACCAGAGGCCAGCAAGAGAGUCAGUAUCGAGGAGGCCAUUCGCAGAGGAUGGUUGGAUGGAAAAGGAGCCCAGAAGCUGCAGGACACAAGGAACUACGUGAAGAACCUCACCUGCCCCAAAACCAAGCUGAAAAUCUCCUACAAAGAAGCGAUGGAUAACUGCAUGGUGGAGGAAAACAAUGGGAUGAAGAUGCUCCAGGCCUCUUCUAUGUCCACAAAGGGUAUCAGCAGCCCCUACAACGUCUCCUCCGGACCCGGCUCCCGCACCGGAUCCCGCAGCGGCUCCAGAACCGGAUCCAGGAGUGGAUCACGAAGAGGCAGCGUAGAUUACUCCUCCACCUACUCCUACAGCUACUCCGCCACCACAUCCCGCGACUUCAGCUCCGGAUCCUUCUCUUAACCUCCAGAGUACACUACUCACUAAUACUCCCGUAAACACAGUUACUCUUUUACUUAUAACUACAGUCCAUACUCAUAUUCCAUUUAUCUCUAGGUGUUCAGUUUAAUUAGGGUUAGGGAUCAUAUAUAACAGGAAUGAUGUGUCCUCAUUUACAACUAAUUAAUAUUCACAUUUUCUUUGGGUUUCUAUUAAGAUUUUUUAUGUCGAAUUUGAUCAUUUUUUGUCUGUUUUGAUUUAUCAGUAGAGUUAUUCAUAUCACAAUAGAAUUUCUAAACAAAUAAUAUUAUUAAUUUGCUGUUAAAAUAAGUUAAAAUGAUCAAAUAUUAAAUAUUUCCUAAAUGUUUUAUGUGUGGUAAUUUGCUGAGUGUAGAAAUAUAAUUUGAAUGAUGUAGAAUUGCUAAAAAAAAUGCUAAUCUUCUGAAUUCAGAGACAAUUAGUAAAUAUUUUAUAUAUUUGGAUUUUUUUGAAAAAUGGAAGUAGUUUGCUUUAAGAAAAUAAAAAAUAAUUGAUUUAUUCUUAAAA